AAUGUUUAGACAUUUGGUUUUAUAGGCAAUUUAUCUGAAUCGAUUUUCUGGGAGAAUAUAUAAAGGCCAGAAAAGUGAGCAAUCGAUUAAUGCCGUAUUCAUCACUAUGUGCAUUCAACUAAAAUGGCCGAUGAAGAUACAGAAAAGACAACGCGCACAAGCAAGGAGCAAAUAGAGUGCUACCUGGCGUUUAUGCGGAGCCACCCUGAGUUGCAGCUCAACAAAAAUGACCCGACGCGGCCAAAAAGGAUACAGGAGCUGUGGAUAGAGCUAGCAGAGCAACUUAACGCUCUUAAAGGGCCGAUACGCACUCCGAAUAAAUGGAAAGAGUCUCUAGCCCAUUGGAAAAAUCAAGUAAGAUCCAGGGCUAGGAAGGCAAAGGCCGAUCGAUUGGUGACGGGCGGAGGUCCCUGCUUGGAAGAGGCAGUUACGGAGAGGGACCAGCGGGCAUUGGACACUCUUGGCUCAGUCGUUGUUGAUGGGAUGGCUGAUAUUCCAAAUGUUGGUGCCGAGCUUCAACGUUAAUGCUGCAAUAUCCCUUCCUGUUCAUGUAUUCAUGAGGCACUACCCCAGCGGUUGAAGAUGGCGGAGAAAUUAUGGCGACAUGUGUGCAGUCAAUAGCACCUAUUACACCUUUAAUAGCGAAUUUGUUGUGAAAACUGA